AUUUGAAUAAAAUGCUUAUUAUUACUAAAUAAUUGAUCAUGAUUUGUAACGCAUUAAUGCUAUGCAUUGCAUCUAUUUUACCAUCAAUAGUUUACACGUAUGAAUAUAACAAGACAGUUGUGAAAGAGUAUUACCCAGCUGAGUUUUACGCCACUGGUUUUUUGCUGGAAGGGCUCAAAAACAAAGCGGGCGCACCCGUCUUGGUUGCCAUUGGAAAAUGUUUACUGUUGGGCGAAAACGACGACAUUAAUAAACUGUAUCGACAAUUCAUUGUAUCACAAAUUGACAAUUUUGCAACAAAAAAUGCAAAAACAAACUACACAUUGUUCGGCUUGAUUAAAAAUAUGGGCAUGGAGAAUUUUUUACUCAGAUCGGUUUUAAUGGAUGUGAUACGAUUUGCCAAUAAAAAGCCUCAAAUAAUAGUGAAAAAGACGGCAGUCAUCUCCGAUUUGAAUCCUAUAAUAGAGUCCGUAAUAAAUACGGCUCUUAAGUUGUUUGACGACCACAUCCAAAAAGUGUUUAAAUACACUAAAACAGCUCAACAAGAGUUUAUAAGUCUCGAUGAAUUACCCGUUUAUAUCGACGGCAAAAAGAAAAAUCAUAACAGAAUACCAGCCGAUGUUAAGAGCGGCCGAUGUUUGAAGACUUUGAAACACAUCCCGAAACAGGAUUGGGAUGAAUGGGUCGACUCUAACAAGAAGUGUAUUGAAGAGGGCAUGAAAGCCAGUGGACAGACAUCUCUUAAAAAAUACCUUAAAUAUUUAGUGAAAGAGUACUACCCUGCUGAGUUUUACGCAACUGGCUUUUUCGUGGAAGGGAUCCGAAACAAGGCGGGCGUUGCCGUACAGGGAAUCUCCGUAAUAAAUACCGCUAUUAUGUUAUUGGAUGAAGACAUUCAAAACGUGUUUAAAUUCACUCAAAUGUCAAAACAAGAGUACAUAAGUCUCGAUGAAAUACCCGUUUAUAUCGACGGCAAAAAGAAAAAUCAUAACAGAAUACCAGCGGAUGUUAAGAGCGGCCGAUGUUUGAAGACUUUGAAACACAUCCCGAAACAGGAUUGGGAUGAAUGGGUCGACUCUAAUAGGAAGUGCAUUGAAGAGGGCAUGAAAGCCAGUGGACAGACAUCUCUUAAACAAUAUCUUAAAUAUUUGCGGCAAAAAGUGGUCAAAUAUGUGGGCAUUAAUCCGGAUAAGUUUGAUGAGAUGGACGUCGAGCACAUCAAAAACAAGGAUUAUAUCAUUGAACGCUAUCUCCGAGACAUUAAACUGGACGAAGAUAUGGCGGCCACUAAUAUAUUGAAAGCGUUAAAGUUUUACAAGAAGGAGGGUUUCGCUCAACUCAACGACUCGUACUUUCCGUCCGAGUUUUACGCCACGGGU